GUGGAUGCCGUCACUUCCGGCGGCGUGGUGCAGUCUGGGAUGGUGUUGUCAUGUCAGCGAGGAGCCAGCGGCGCUGAUGUUGUCGCCGCUCGCCGCUGCGGGCGAGAGAGGAGGAAGGGAGGAAGGAAGGAGCUAGUUUGAUGUGUCAGCCUGAGGAGACGGAUCGCGACUGCUCUCUGGGGUCGGGGAAAAGGAUCGGAUCGGCUUGGCUGCUUGACAGGGGGCCCAGGGCAGGAGCGCAGCGCGGCAGCCGGGACCCGGGACCCGCCGCCGACAUGAACCGGUUCCGCAAGUGGCUCUACAAGCCCAAGAGAUCAGACCCGCAACUGCUUGCACAGUUCUACUAUGCAGACGAAGAGCUAAAUCAGGUUGCGGCUGAACUGGAUAGCUUGGAUGGCCGCAAGGACCCACAAAGGUGUACGCUGCUCGUCAACCAGUUCCGCUCCUGCCAGGAUAAUGUGUUAAAUAUAAUAAACCAGAUCAUGCAGGAAUGCAUCCCAAACGAACGAGCAAAUCGGGAUUUCUGUGUAAAGUUUCCAGAGGAAAUACGGCAUGAUAAUCUCGGAGGACAGCUUUGGUUUGGAGCUGAGUGUUUAGCAGCUGGUUCAAUUAUCAUGAACCGUGAAAUAGAGAGCAUGGCAAUGCGACCCUUGGCCAAAGAUUUAACCCGCAGCCUAGAAGAAGUACGAAAUGUUAUCCGUGACCAGUGCCUGAGAGACUUGAAUGCCUAUACUGACAAAAUGAAGGAAUCCCUCAAACAAUUUGAUGGCUUGUUUGCAGAGUUUGAACUAUGUUAUGUCUCUGCCAUGGUACCUGUGAAAUCUCCUAAAGAGUAUUAUGUACAGCAAGAAGUCAUUGUUCUCUUCUGUGAAACAGUUGAAAGGGCCUUAAAGCUUGGAUACCUCACACAAGAUUUGAUUGAUGACUAUGAGCCAGCAUUAAUGUUUACAAUUCCUCGACUGGCCAUAAUCUGUGGUUUAUUGGUUUUUCCUGAGGGGCCUUUGAAUUUGGAACGCAAGCCAGAGGAUAUGUCCGAUUUAUUUCGACCAUUUCGCACUUUGCUGCAAAAAAUAAGGGAUCUCUUGCAGACCUUAACGGAGGAUGAACUCCACACGCUUGAACGAAACCUCUGCAUAUCCCAGGAAGGCGAAUUUACAGUCAAUCCAAAAAUCCGCUCUGCCAUCCCUCCUGAAGUUCCCGAAAAACUUGCACAAGAUCAACUUAGUGUAAAAGCUGAAAAUACGGAAGCUGAACUUGCUUGUUCCAUGCAGUAUGACGAGGAGGAGCUGGAGCAACUUAACCUCAUGGUCCACAGGGUAGGAGACGAAAUGUCCUGUCUCCUCUCCCCACCAAGCGUGUGCCAGUCACCAGCUCACAAGCCCGUGUUGAGACACAUCUCCAAACCAGGGGACUCCACCAACUCCACGCUGCUCCAACUCUCUAGGGUACGGCAUGAAGCAGAGGAAGAGGAACGAGUGUUUUUCAUGGAUGAUUUGGACGGAGCAGCCGAGGACUUGGCCAGAACUGCUGAACCUGGAGAAACGAUCGCUGGGACGGUUGAUUCUUGCCCACCUCGUCAGGAGGGCAAGUCGCCCCUCUGUGGAGAAGAGGCGAGGAAGAGUCGCAGUGAGGAAACCGUGCAAGCAAGAGAGGUACGGCACAGACCAAGCAAUAACGAUUCACUACCUCUGCAAGGGCAAGCCAGCCAGAAGGGAAGUAACCCAGAAAUGUGUUGUAACUGUGCGGAAUCAAUGGAACCCAGUUCUUACGUCAACGGUUGGAAUGCAGGGACUGAUGAUGUGCAGCCCAGCGAAACUGCAGAAAAAAUAGCUCAUAGGACUGGCGGAAUGAAAAUUUCCGCAACUGUUAUCUUUAACCCCAAAUCCCAGUGCGCGUCUUGUUCAGCUGAAGCAGAGUGUGCAAUAACUUGCGAUUCUGGCAGCUGCCAAAUUUCUUCAGAGGAGUCUUCAAAUCAAAGCAACACCGAUGUGAAAAAUGGAGUAAGUGUUUGUCCACACUGCACUGCCCCUCCGGACAGUAGAGUUGACAAUGACUUUUUAGAUUCCGGAGACUCCGAGAUAUGUGGCCAUCAUAAAAUGAACUGUACCUCAGCUUCACAGGAGAAGGAGGAAAAUGAGAGCACUAGCGUGUCACAGAGAGAAGGAGCCAUCGAUGAACAGGAGCGUACAAAUUUAAAAUGCACGUGUCUGACACAAUCCUCAGGAAAACAAACAGAAGGAGAGCAGCAAACAGAACUGAACAUCUGUCGCCAUCUGGGAAAGAUAGAAAACAGCAUGCAGCCAAAUGGAGGCAAGGACAAUGCUAAAGUAUCUGUGGUAAAUGAUGAAUCGGAGCUUGAUGGAAACAUACAUAGUGUAACUAACCUGUUGGAAGACAACAUAUCCGAGCAAAGUUUUCAAGAUCUCAUCCAAGAUUCCCCCAUCAGCUCCAUAUCCAGCAGUGACUGUGGGAGUGUGUCUGUCACAACCUGUAGUCUUUCCAGCACGUAUACUCCAAGUCCAGUGGGCAGUCUAACGACAAGUUCCUACACCUCUGAGGAUGUCGAUCAUGAAGAGAUUCAGCUUGCGCUACUGGCUGCCAAGAUUGCCACCAGAGAGAAGAUCCGGGCCCGUUUCCACAGCAGCAGUGAUCUUAUUCACAGGCUCUUUGUGUGCAUUGCAGGCGUUGCUGAUCAGCUGCAAACGAACUAUGCAAGUGACCUGCGAAGUAUCCUUAAAACCUUGUUCGAGGUCAUGGCGACCAAGUUAGAAUAUGAAAGCAGUGGGACUGAAAAGAAAGGUGACCAGACAUUGAGAAGUCCUGUUCUUGAAGACUGCGCAUUGUGUCGAGAAAGCAUUUCUUCUUCUGAACUUGCUGACAAGGCAAGAGAUGAGGAACUUGAAGAUCCUCCAGAAUGGGUUCCGGAUGAAGUCUGCAGCUUCUGUACGGCGUGCAAGGCUCCGUUCACUGUGAUCCGCAGGAAGCAUCAUUGCAGAAGUUGUGGAAAGAUCUUCUGCUCACGUUGCUCUUCUCAUUCUGCUCCGUUACCUCGAUAUGGCCAGAUGAAACCAGUCAGAGUCUGCACCCAUUGCUACAUGUUCCACGUGACUCCCUUCUACAGCGACAGAGCUGACAUUUGAUAACUAUCGAGUGAGCUGCCUGGUUCUGGCACACGUAGACUAUUCCUUCAUGGUCGCAACGGUUGUGGGAUGUCACUAAUUAGACCGGUUGGCAUUUUAUUUUUGUUUGGAAUGGAAAUUCGAUGAGCCUUUUUUUUUGACAGUCAUGCAAGUUAGAAUCUCUCUAAGGGAAAUAUUAUCUCCCGAUCAAAAUGUUUGUACUGACUUUUGAUAAUGCGCUGCUACAGGGAAGUACUGAGCCUCCAUGGCUGUUCGGCUACGGUACAGUCUUCCAUCAAUUUAUAUCAGGACAUGAUUAUGUCGUAACCUUAAGGAGACUGGUGCGGAGAGCUCUUUGGACGACCUGGGAUAUGAAAUUUCCUGCGUUCCUACUUGUGUGCUAAAGAUUGUUCAUAUUGUUGUAAUUAUUACCUAAUCAUGAUUUCUGUCUCUGGGAAUUUUAACUGUGCUGCUUAAGCAAGUUAAUGGUCUUACUUGUUCAGCAGCAAUGCUGUUCCUACUUGGGUAGCUUUUAGCAGAAACCUAUGUUGGACAAGAUGUGAUUCAUUUUCUCAAACAUUCCUGUUGGGUUUGGCAGUAGAUUUUAAAUAUCCUUUUUUUCCUUUUGCUGAGCAGGUGAUGUGUGACAACUUGAAGGUGGUGAACAGAUGCCCACAGUGUUAAUGUGAGGAUGUUGACCAGAUAUCACUCAGUGGUUGAUCUUCAACAGAUACCACUCUGGUUGGUGAUCUUCACCAGAUAUCAGUCGGUGGAUGGUGAUGUUAACCAAAUAUCGCUCUGGUUGGUGAUGUGGAUAUCACUUGGGGGUGGUGGGUGAUGUUGACUAGAUAUCACUCUGGUUGGUGAUCUUCACCAGAUGUCACACUGUGGAUGUUCUUCACCACAUAUCACUCUGCUUGGUGGCGUUGACCAUAUAUUCACACAAUGGUGGUAUUGCUCAAGCAAGCCCAGUUGGACAUAUUUCCUGUCUCCAGGACCAGAAUAAUUUAAGUACGGUUAAAAAUCAGAUGUAUGUCCAUGAAUAGGAAACCAGCCUCUGUGUGUCCAGAAUUAACGGUUUACCUGGCAGAACUAAAAAGUGUAUGUGCACACAAUUCCAGAGUUUACAUGCAAGAAACAGACGCCUGGAGGAACUCAGCAAGUUCGGCAGUAUCUGUGCAAAUGGACAAACAAGGUUUUGAGUUGGGACCCUUCUUCAAACAAGAAGGGUUCAUUUCCGUCCAUAAAUGCUGUCUGACCCGCUGAAUUCCUUCAGUAGACUGUGUAUUGUCAAGAUUCCAGCAUCUGCAGUCUCCUGUGUCUCCAAGAUUUACAUAUUGUUUUUGAUAAUUGGUACUCAAAAUGGCUGUGGUUUAACAGCCUAAUCUCAACAGUUAAUCGGUAAAACCAUUAGUGAACGAGAUAUAGGCAGAGCAACUAACAUUCCCCCCCCCCCAAUACAAACGUCUCCCACUCCAACUUUAAGAUAGGUACGGUUGAACAAAUAAUGAUGCCACCUUUUUUCCUGGUCAUUGAAUAUCAACCAAGGAUUAAUGUUGUCAAGUGUUGCCUGUGAGCAUUGAACAGUGCCUUUUUUUCCAGUAUGCCAUAAGGCCUCUUGUUCUGCUCUGAGUCUCAGUUCACUCCACAUAUUAAAAUUAACCACCCUCCAAAUUAAUUCUGUAAACAACUUCCAUUGUAAAGCAAAAAAAGAUGUAAUAUUUGGCAUCAGACUAGUGUUGACUUCGCAACCAAAGAAUUUGUAUGAUCUAGUUACAAUUUAGCAAAACAAGAAUCAAUUUAUUACUAUUUAAAACUGAAAUCUUUGCAUAAGUCUAACAAUUGUGCGGCUGAUCUGAUUUGCAAGAAACUAACAUCAGCAGUUAAUUUAAAUUAAUGCCUGUGUUGGGAAAGAGUCAGAAAAAGAUCUCAUGUCUGGAGUCUGACGAAAGGUCCCCACCCUACACGUCACCGAUCCGUGUUCUCCAGAGAUGCUGCCUGACCAGCUGAGUUACUCUAGCACUUUGUAUCCUUUUGUGUGUUAAUCAGAAACUGCAGUUUGUUUGGCUCUACUACAAUGACUUUGUUUUGUAAACCAGUUCCUUAUUUCUAAUGUAAUCAAUACCUUGUAAAAUCUAUAGCAGAUAAUUCAAAUCUUUUCCAUAGUAUCUAACUCCUUUCCCAAACAUGUUUGUGUAUCUUGGCUAUGUCUUAUGUUGGGUGGAGAGCCGAGUGUAUGAAUCAUCAUAAUCAUACUUUAUUAGCCAAAUAUGUUUUGCAACAUAUGAGGUAUUUGAUUUGCCAUACAGUCAAACCAUUAAAAAGCAACAAAACACAAAAAAUACAUUUUCACAUGAACACCCACCACAGUGACUCCUCCACAUUCCUCACUGUGAUGGAAGGCGAAAAAAAGUUCAAUCUCGUCCCUUCUUUGUUCUGGUUCAGAAUCAUGGUUGCAGAAUUAUUGCAGUUGACUAAAAGCUAAUCAUUGAAUGAAGAUCUUUGGGAGAAGGAGGUAUUUCACUUCAGAUUUCCAGUGUCUGCAGUUUUUGUUUAAAUUUUAUUUUCACUUUAAACCUGUCCUUUAAAAUGUUGAGUGUAUUAUCCCAAAGCUUGAUAUGUUUCUGUAUUUCUGAUCUGGAUUGUAAAAUCAUAUAAUUAGGGGGAAUACUUUUGGCCCUUUAGUAUCUAAAAAAAGGUCCCAACACAACACAUCAUUCAUCCAUGUCCUCCAGAGAUGCUGCCUGACCCGCUGAGUUACUCCAGCACUUGCUGGGUUUUUUUUUCUCUCCCUGCAAUUCCUUGUGUCUUUCUUCACACUGGCAUACUGCAUCAUGAAAUUCCACUUGAGCAAAACACAAAGCGCUGGAGGAACUCAGCGAGUCAGGCAGCACCUGUGGAGGGAAUGGACUGACUAUGUUUCUGGGUCUUGAUCAGAAACGUCAUUUAGCCAUGUCCUCCAGAGAUGUUGCCUGACCUGCCGAGUUACUCCAACACUUUGUUUUCUGCGCAAAAAGUUCCUUGAGUCAAUCCUUAACUCUGCCUUACCCGCCAGUUUUGGAUUUAUCCUUUUUAUUUUGAAACGCUUGUACGGUUUCAUUUUAAAUGAUGGCCUUACUAUUAAUACUUGCUGUAAAACAUUCCAUGUUCUGCAAGCCUUCCUUGAAAAUAUUGCUAUUAACCUCUGACGUUUCUCAGGCAAUGCCGUUGUAUUAUCAACCACAUUCUCACUAUUUACACUCUUAAAUAGUGUGAACCUCAUUAAGAAACUUUCCCCUUCCUUAACGUUCCGUAGAGAACAGCACCAGGUUUGCCACCAGUCCUUCCUGCAAGACCUCUUAUUACUGGUGUCAAGUUCCCAAAUCUGUUGUACCUUUUAACAUAUGUCUUUCAGCCAAUAUCUUUCCCAAGUGAGUCAUUUUAAUCUCUUCUGUCUCACGAGCAUUCGUAGCAUUCCAGGUUUGACCCUGUCGCUGCUUACUGUAGUCAAAAACACUUGAGUGCUGCAGCUUUGUGUACCAGUGAUCUGCAUUGGAUCACAUUGUAGGCAGAGGCCAACCAUCUACUUCCAGACACAAUGAAAGUUACAGGAACCGAACAAGUGUAACUCACUGACUUCUGUGAGGUGCACAGGGAGGUUUGGACAAUGGUAAAUAGAUAAAUCCUGUCCCUCCAUCAAGUAGACUUGUCACUUCAGGCGGUGCAAUAAUUUCCCUUGGGAACCUAAUUACGGUAGUUGACAAAGCCAAUCAUUCCUUCUGCACCCGUUGCUCCUGCCCAGGGAACAACUAUUCUCUCUUCACUAGCUCUGUGGCAAACAUUCCAGCUCCAGCAUUAAUGAAGAGUGAGUAUUUUUUAAUAGAGACACAGCAUGGAAACAGGCCCUUCGUCCCACCAAGUUGAUCACCGGUUCACUCUAGUUGUAUGUAAUGCCGCUUUCUCAUCCACUCCCUGCACAUUGGGGACAAUUUUUAUAGAGGGCCAAUAAACCUACAACCCUGCACAUUCUUUGGAUGUGGAAGGAAACCCACGCGGUCACAGCGAAAAUGUGCAAACUCUUCACACAGGCGAGAACCCGAGGUUAGGAUCGAACCCGGGACAAUGGCGCCAUGAGGCUGUACUUGUGAAAGUCUCCACAAAGGUGCAAAUGCAGCAAUAACAGCCAGAAAACAGAACAAAGGGAGCUGAGGUGUUGAGUGGUGGUGCUGUUGACACACCUGGCAUCUUUUGUGUACCUUCCUUACUUCAGAUCAGAUCGAUACGAGCAGCAAGGCUUCAGCUUGCCCCCCCCCUUUGCCUUUAUUCCUGAACGCAUAAACGCCAACUCCCUCGCUAAGCUGCUGGCGAUGCACGUCUACCCGUUACUGUAGACAGUGGCGCGGCAGGUGGAACAGCGGAGGUUUGGGUGUGUAUUCUAAUAGCCCAGCGUGCCUCUGCUUACUGAAUGAAUGCUAUAGGAAAACCACCGUACGACCACACAUUGAUGCUAUGUGAAUCAAGCUUACAAUCUCAGGCUUCACUUGAAUACAUUGCAAUGCAUUUUUACCUUUUAGAGUGAAAAAAUAUUGUAACAUAGAGCUUUUUUAAAAGAAAAUGUACAAUAACUUUGAUUAUAAAAUGCACAAAAGUUUGGUUUUCUCUGUAUAAUUUGAAUUGUAUGUAAUGGAUUGUAAUCUAUUUAUUCCAAGGCUCUCUUUGGUCUCAUUUUGUAAAUGCUAUUACUAAGACAUUGGAUUAUAAUGCUGUAUGACUAAUCUAAAAUCUUAAAUAUAGUAGUUUCAUAUAUGGUACAAAUUAAAUAAAAUCCAGAGGACUUUGACGAAAAGCACAAAUAGUACAUUUCUGAUGAAUUACUUGCUCCUGGUGAACUGUAAGACCUGAAAUUGCUGACUUUUACCUCCUGUGUUUCAAUAAAAUGGUUGACAUUUUAUCUGGAUGUUUUCAGGUGGGAUUGUAAAUGUAAUAUUUUAGAUUAGUUUAAAGAUACAGCAUCGAAACAAACCCCUUGGCCCACCAAGUUCAUGCCAACCUUCGAUCACCCGUUCACAUUAGUUCUUUGUUAUCCCAGUUUCUCAUCCACUCCCUGUACAUUAAGGGCAAUUUUUGCAGAGGUUGAUUAACCUACAAAUCUGCACGUCCUUGGGGUGUGGAAGGAAACCGGAGCCCGUAGGAAACCCAUGCGGUCACACGGAGAACGUGGAAACUCCACACAGACAGCACCCAAAGUCGGAAUCAAACCUGGGUCUCUGGAGCUGGAGGCAGCGGCUCUACCAGCUGCGCCACUGCACCCACCCAUUAACCCUUUCUCAACAAAUCAAAAUAAAUUAAGACAGAAUCCUGUGUGCCUUCACUUUAAGCAGCUUGGUGUAAAUGCUCUCAUGGUCACUCACUCUCAAGUAAAACAUCCAGGAGAGUGAGUGCAGUCUCCAUCCUCCUGAGACUUGUACCUGACCUUUGUGCUGAAAGUACUGAUUGAAAGAUCACAUUUAUGUAAUGGUUGUGGAGGGAAAUGAAAAGCGUUUAAUUUAUCAUGGUUCCCCAGUGAGUGUCAAUUAAUGGAGCAUUAGAACUGCAAUUAGGGAGCUGACUGGCACUGAAAGGAAAUGUCACCUGUGGCUGCACACUCUUCUCUAUUGAGGUCAGGGAUUUUACAACCCUUGUAUGAUUCACCACUUCCUGAACCUUAUUUCACUUGAAGACAAAUAAUGGACGAGAUGGAGAGAGUUCCUGAGUUGUCAGUUCUAAGAUCAACCAGGGCCUUUGCUGUCACUGCAUUGAAGGUCUCAGGUAAGGAAAGGAAAGAACAGAAAUAUGUAGUUUAGUUUAUUGUCACGUGUAACGAGGAACAGUGAAAAGCUUAUUGUUGUGUGCUACCCACCCAGCGACAAGAUUAUACAUGACUACAAUCAAGCCUACAAUGUAUAGGCUUGAAUGUAUAUGUAUAGAUACAGGUAUGGAAUUGUCUUCAAAUUCUUUGUUGCCUGUUGAAAAACAUCCCCUGAUUCCAACCAUUGUUUUCACAAAUCUUAUUCUCUUUGGUAUUGAUUUAUUAUUGUCACGUGUCAUGAAAAUGGGAAGGCCUAUAAUGAAUCCUACAUUUAA